AUGACACAUCGAGGAAAAUUCUCAAAUCAUCGACAAACAAAUAAAACUAAUAAUCCUCCUAAUAAUAAUCUACAAAAAGAUGAUGAUAAUUGUUCAGUUGUUUGUUAUAAAGAUUCUGAUAAUGAUAUAGUUGAUGUUGUACGUAUUCGUCAACAAAUCUUUUGUUCAUUAUGUAAUUCAAUGCGUGGAACAUUCUUAUUAUAUUGUAAACAUAUAUUAGAUAAUAAUCAUCGUGAAAAAGUUAAAAAAUUAUAUGAUGAAAAAUGUUUUACACCAACAAUUUAUGAACAAGCAAUUCAUUUAGCUUUUCAUAAUAAUGAAGAAAUUAAUUCAACUAUUAAAUCGGAAACGGAACCAGAGAAAAUGGAAACUAAUAAUAAUACUCAACAAAAAACAAAACAAAAGAAUAUACAGGUUACACUUGUCUUUCAAGAUAAAAAGUAUUCCAAAAUUGGUACAAUUAUUCCACAAAUUCGAGAACAACUUCUCAAAGAUAUGGUUACUGAUCGAGCUGCUGACAUAGCCGCAUUACCUGCAGAUAUAUAUUAUGCCAAGAAAAAUCUUGCGCCCGAUGACGCUUAUUACAAUAUUCAAAAUAGCUCCGUUAAAUUAAAUAUGGCCGAAGAACAGUCACAGGUCAUGCUAAAGAAGCAGCAGCAUCAGCAGCAAGAACCGUUAAUAAACGGUAAAUUGUCUUCUGCUGAGAUUAGCAGAGAAGACAACGGUGUGGAACAGGUUACUGCUAUUACCACACAUGAGAUAUCGACGGCAGAAAAUAUCGAUAUUGAUGAUGACGUUAUGAACGUCUGCAAGGAUGUAUUAAAUCAUGUUAUUACUGGUGUAUACUCUAAAUCUGAUGAAUCUAAACGUGAACGAGAAUUUCUAUUUGGUAUUGCUCGACGAAGAUAUAAGAAAAGAAAAGCAUUCUUUUGUGAUAUUUGUUCAGCUUUUCUAACAACCGAAGAUUUCUGUACAGAACAUCGAAAUGGAUUAGAACAUUUAGAAAAAAUUCGUCAUUAUGAAACAAAUUUUUUACCAUGGCGUCGAGCUAUGCAAGAAUCUUUAAUAACUGGUAAAACAUUAAAAGAAAUAAUGGAUACAAAUACAUAUGAUAAGUAUAAAGCAACUAUGGCACUUUAUCUUGCACCAAAUAGUAUUCAUAAUCAUGGACGUUUUUGUUGUGCUUAUUGUGAAUAUGUUUUUCCCGAUCAAUGGCUAUUAGAAAAGCAUCUACAUACUGUUGAACAUAAAACAAAACAAACAUCUACAAAUCAUAAAGAACUUGUUCCGCAUUUUGCUGAUAUUAUUAUUCUUCCAAGUGUUUAUAAACUUAAUGGUAUGAAAGAUUUAUCAGAAGUUCCAAGUGAUAUUAAAAAAGAACAAGAAUGGUCUUGUGUAACACGUAAACAACUUGAUGAUGAUACAGAUUUUUUUCUUCAAAAAUAUCCUUUUGAUCAAUUCGAAGCUGCUACUCCUCUUACAAAUAAUAAAAUAGUACGAAAAAAGAAAUCAUUUCCUUCGACAUCUUCAGCACAAAAAUCAAGAAAUUAUAAUCAUAAUAAUAUUUCAAUGAGAAGUCAACAGGGAAGAAAUGGUGGAUUUAAUCGAACAGGUAGAGGACAAUUUCAAAUGUCAACUACACGACGAGGAGGAGCAGUUAAACGAAGUUUUCCAAGUACACCUGUAUCUAGUAAACGAUUUCGUCCAGAUUUGUUGAAUAAUUCAUUUCCAGGUGCAAAUCGUGGUUCAGGACCAAUGAGAAAUUAUGAAACAAAUCAAUUUAAUUACAAUCAAUCAGCACCAUAUAAUAAUAAUGGCAAUGAUCGUUGGCCAUCCCGUUACCCUGCUAAUCCACAGCAGCAACAACAACAACGACCGGAAUUUUUUGAUCGACCAAAUUUUGAAACACGAUCACUACCAUCCAAUAAUAAUAAUGGAUAUUAUGAUAAUAGACCACCACAACUUAUGUCUGGAGGAAAUAAUUAUAAUAAUGAACGACAAUUACAAUUUAAUGGUGGAUUUAGUAAUCAACAAUCAAAUUAUGAACGACCAUAUAAUAACCAUAGUAUUUCAAAUCCUAUGAAUGAAUAUCAUCCAGAACCAACUUCAUCUCUUCUAGGUGGUCCACCUAAUCGUUCACAUCAUCGAACUAAUACUGGUCCAACCAAUGAGCUUAUGUAUCCUCCAACUAAUAAUCAUCAACGUUCUCAACCACCAUUAAGACCACCAAUGAAUCAAACUUAUUAUCAAAAUCAAAAUUCAGUUGGUGCUUUUGGUGUCAAUAAUAGUAACAAUAAUACAAAUUCAAAUUAUUUUUCAUCUUCUGGUAAUCAACAACAGAAUCAAAUGGGAAUAAAUAAUAGUUCAUCUGUACGUUCUUAUGCCGAUUAUCGAUCGUCAUCCGGUUUACCGACUACGACAAAUACUCAUACAUCAAUGUAUCCUCCAUUACAAAAUAAUACACAAAAUUCAAUCACUUCACAACCUCGUUCAUUUGAUGAAACUGGGUUUUCAGGAUUUGCACAAGGUUCAUCGAAUUCGUUUGGACGAUCAAAUGGAUCAUCAUUUGAUAAUAAAGAUUCACAUUAUGGUUCUUUUGGACAACAAAAUCAAAUGGAACAAUCAUCUCAAGCACCAUGGCAUAAUUCAUCUAACGGUGUAAACAAUGCUCGUGGUCGUGGAGGUCGUGGACGUGGUGGACCAAAUCAAUCAAUGAACAAGCAAUCUACUUCAACGUUUUCAUAUAGUAGUAACAAUACCAAUAACAAUAAUAAUUCAUCAAUACGAGGACGAGGUAUCGGUCGAAAUGCCAGAAAUUUUGGUAGUCGCCGUUAA